CAAAGACAAGUAUAAGCCCCCAAUUAAAUCCCGCCCAUUACCGCCUCAUUUCUUCCUCGUCGUAAGCUCUCUGGUCGCCGCCUCAUAUUGAUGAAGAUUCGCUACAUGCCAAAGAUUAAGGAACAAGCAUAUGCCUCCACGCAUCGCUUCAGUAGAAUGCGAUAUUUCCAUAGGCCAGAUGACAAAAAUGGAUAUAAUUUAGGUAAAUUAGCCAAUUUUCAAGAAGUAUUUGGUGAUGACUGCAAAUUGUGGUUUUUACCGGAUUUCGAUAAAGAUGAUCACUCAUCGUCGAACUCGGCGUAA